AUGAACGAAAACCUCAACUACUCCGCUGCCAAUGGCAUAUGGCACGGUGAGCUGCUGGACAGCCCCAUCUGCCACAACUGCCUUCAACUCCAUGACCAUCAUGCAUGUCCUACGCUUUCCAAACCCAAACCCCUUUUGGAAGACUCGGCAGACGCUUUGUCCCUCCCCCCUCGAUCCAUCAAAUCCCGUAUCACGGGAGCCCUGUCUCUCCACGAUUACCACAAGUUCCUCUCCAAAUCUGCAGACCGCAUUACCGAUCCCGUCGAUCAUGCAGGAAGGAAAUUGAAGCGAAAAACAGCUGCAUUGCAUUUGAACCGCCCAUCCCCUCUUACCAUUUCUUAUCCUGUAUCUAUCUCCUCUGUGGCAUCGAGCCCUCCGCCACUCUCUCCUUCAUACUCCCACAGCAUCAUCUCUCACUGGAGUGAAGAACCGGAGAUCGGGGAAGCCCAGACUGUUCAUUAUCAAGCCACUCAAAGCCCUCGACUGCCCGUUGUCUCAGAUCUAGGGACUCGUGCUAGACCUAAUAGGAAGCGAGUGUCCAAGAAUACUUUUCGUGAAAAGCUUCAACAAAGGGCCCAAGCUCAAGCAGAAGAAGCUGAGGCCGCCAAACCUCAACCCUCGGACUCAAUGCUGGCCAGUACGCAGGCCGUUGCCACCGUCUCACACGGUGGCGCCUGCUUUGAGAUCCUGAAUCCGCGCAAGUCGCUGGAUCUAGCACGCAUCGUCUCAUACAUUGAAGAUGUCGAUAAUUGCUCCCUGGUCUCCACGGACAAUCAGCGAGACUCUACUUUCUCCAUCGAGCAAGGACUGGACCGGGUGUCCCUGUCCCAAUUUACCGAUGCAUCAUUGCCAUCAUUCUACUCCACCAACUCAUUGUACAACUCCCUUCCAGCCGAACCCCAAACACCCAAAGGUCAGACGGACAUCCCAUCGUCCUCGCCAGGCAUCGGCGAACGCAUCCGGUCUCUAUCAGACUGCUCCGUCAAUGAUCAGGGCUUCAACUACUGGAGUCGACCUGCACAGCGCAAUGAAAAUAACGCUCUACGCAUCGAAACCUACGACCACGCAAACAACGACAGAGAGGUCCCACAAUCACCACGCAUGGCCUCCAUCGCAGAAGAAUCCAGCCUCCCAAACCUAGACUUCUCCCGCCGCCCCUCCACCCCAUCAACCCAAACCUUCUACUCAGAAAGUGAGAUCGGCGAGCCGGGCUCACCCGUCUACGCCAACGGCGACUGGGCCCAAGUCGACGGGCGCGACAGAGGCAUCCUGUUCGACCUACCCGAGGACGACCUACAGGAAGAUGAAACCACAUCCGACCACCAGCACCCCGGCUACCCUUACUCCCAACACGAAGAACCACCCACACCCCGCGAAACCCCCCUCGAGACACCAAGUGGCUCACCCAUGCACUCCCCAAUGUAUUCCACUUUCGACUCCGCCUACCCCUACCCAAGCUCCGUCUCCACCUCCAAGCUCCCACACUACCCCGCCCCCUUCGAUCCAUACACCUACGACCCGGUGUACUUCGACCCACACGUCCAGUCCGUCCUCGCAGCCGCGAACGCAGAGACGAUGGGCUUACGGGGCAGUCCUGCACGCGCACUGGAUGAGCUGCAGAGACAAGGGCGGCGAUCUGGUGAGACUAGUCCCCGAUUCGAGUUCCAGAGGAGGAAGAGUGAUGAGAGGAAGGCGCAGAGGAAGGGGUUGAGGAAGUUCUUUAGUUGGAAGUUGGGGAAUUAG